GAGAGAGAGAGAGAGAGAGAGAGAGAGAGAGGGGCUGAGUAAGGUUUCUUACUGAGUUACAUUUUCCUCGCGCACAGCUGAUCCCGCAUCGCUAGGAGGAACACAAGGUGUGGUCAUCAUGUUGGGGAUGUAUCUGUCCGUCCUAUUGCUCCUCCCCCUGGCCUCGUCCAUCCCCUCCCCCUCCAGACCUCCCCCAAGACCCUGCAGACGAUGCUGCGACCACCUGCAGCCCCCAGAAUCUUCUGCUGCACACCCUGCUCACCAUGCUGCCGCCACGCCAGAGGUCCAUACCUAUAUCAACAUGACAAUACUCAAAGGUGAUAAAGGUGACAGAGGAGAUAAAGGAAUGCCAGGGAAAAACGGUAAAGGAGGUCCACAUGGUUACCGGGGUCCCAUGGGUCCUCAAGGGACCAAGGGCCAGGCGGGCGCCCCGGGAGAUGCCUGUAAGCUGCAGCACUCCUCCUUCUCUGUAGGGAGACGUAAAUCCCUCCACAGUAUAGACUACUACCAGGCCCUGGUGUUUGACACGGUGUUCGUCAACCUCCACGAGCACUUCAACAUGUUCAAAGGUAAAUUCUACUGCUUCAUCCCGGGUAUCUACUUCUUCAACGUGAACAUCCACACGUGGAACUUCAAGGAGACCUACCUCCACCUGAUGCACAACGAUAAGGAACAGGUGAUCCUCUACGCCCAGCCCAGUGAGAGGUCCAUCAUGCAGAGUCAGAGUGUUAUGAUGGACCUGGCGCUGAACGACGAGGUGUGGGUCAGGCUCUACAAGAGGGAGAGGGAGAACGCUGUCUAUAGUGAUGACGUGGAUGUCUAUAUUACCUUUAAUGGAUACCUGGUGGCGCCUAGUGUCCAGUGAUAAGAGGGGGAGGAAACUCUGUGUUGGAUCUUGGUUGUCUUUUCAUGCCUAAAGUUCAGUGAUGAAAAAGGAGGAGAGAAGAGAGAGAGGGAAUUUGUGCCUGUGUUGGAUUUUUUAUUUUGCUUGUGCUUAUGCCUUCAGUGCUCACCAAAUUCAAAUGGAAACUCAGGGUUGAUUUUGGUUGUCCCUUUGUAGUGCCUUCAGUGCUCAUCAAAUGGAAACUCUGGGUUGAUUUUGGUUGUCCCUUUGUAGUGCCUUCAGUGCUCACCAAAUGGAAUGUCUGAGUUGGAUUUUGUUUGUCCUGGUGUUGUGCCUAAAGCAGCCGAUGAUACACACAGGUUUUCCUCUGCCUUACGAUGUAUUCCUCUCAGGUACUUUGAAUGGGGAGGACUGUGGGCACUAAUCAAUGAGAUCGAGAUCACUAUGCAGUGUUGUGUAGUCCCGGUGAGCAACAUUGGUUGAAAAUACAUACACAUUUUAACCUUUUCAACAUCUUUUACCAAAAAGACGUAUUUUCAAUGUCUUUUCAGCGUCUUUUCAACGUCUUUUGCUCAUAGGGUGGUUUUGGUACUAGACUAGAAUGGACCCUGCAUUGAACUGUUUCUAUGGUGAUCUCGAGAAAAGCACUUACUUGUAGCUUUAAAAGUGAAAAAUUAGAAAAUGUCAGCCAUAUCAAAUGAAUAUAUAGAGAUUGUUGAGUAAGUAAUGCAAGAUUGUAUUGAUAUAUAUAUUGAUAACUCAGUGUUAUGUUUUUUUAUAGAGAUUUACUUUAAGCUGCAGUGCAGCUUGUAACAUGUAAAUAAUUGUAUAGACCUUGAGGAUUUUUGUUACCUAAAAUGUUUUAUCACUAGCCUGGGUGCCAGUCGGUCUUUGCUUUAGCUGACCUGUUGUUGUUGUCAUGUCCUGAACACAAUAAGGUACUGUUUCUGAAUGCAGUUUGAAAAAGUUCUGCAUCCAGGGUGGCCUAACCCUAACCCUAUACCACCAAAAAACAAAAAUACUCUUGAAUUCCAUUUUAUCAAAACAACACAUACUGUAUCAGAAAAAUAUCAACCAAACAAGAAUUGUAAAAACCCAUUCAAACUAGAACCCCAUUCUAAAUCAGACCUUCUAGAACCAUUACUCCCCAUUGUCAGUUGAACAGGUUGAACAGGUGCAUUCUAUCUUUCACCUAGAGGUUAAGGUCAAACCCUGACCCCCUGACCCCUGCCUGUUUCCCACCGUUAGAGUAAACAACCCCUCAUUACUGUCAAGAUUUUAAUAUGUCCUAGUAGUGCACUAUAUGGGGAAUAGGGUGUCAAAGGUAGUGCACUAUAUAGGGAACAUGGGUGCAGUCCGUUUUUAUUUGACAGCUCCAAUGAAAAACCCAAGUAAAAGCUCAAAGAGAGGAAACACAACAACUCCAUGUGUGGUUUGGAUGAUGAUGGUUGAAUUGGUUGCCAGAUGGACAACCAUAUCUUUCCUAUUACUGCUAAUUCCAUCCUCAGUCCACAGGGACUGGGGCUAAACUGGAGAUAGAGGAGAGACAGACUGGUAUAUUAGUUCAUGAGUAGAUAGCUUUGUAGACGAUUAGAAGAGGCUUUACUGGUGUAGUUCCCUAGUCAAUAGCUCUGUAGCCAAUUAGAAGAGGCUUUACUGGUGUAGUUCCCUAGUCAAUAGCUCUGUAGCCAAUUAGAAGAGGCUUUAAAAGCAUACCAUAGUGAUGUACAUCCUAUGGUUGUUGUAAGUACCUAUAUCCUGGAUAUAACUCAAAACCACGAGCAGAAGUUGACACAGUUGGUUUGUUGUACCCAAGAGACAGAACAGAGUGCAAGCAUUAUGGAUUGGGUUAUUAGCAUUACCCUUUGCCCCAAAAACCCAGCCAUUUAUAACCUCUUUCAAACAAUUGUUCUGUUUCCUACGCAUCUCUACGAAUGCAGAUGCACUUUCAAGGAGUCCUCUGAGAGUUGUUGGUAGACGGUCUCUCUAAAACUAACCUGGUCCCAGAUCUGUUUGUGCUGUUUGGCAUGACAAUAACAAUUGCAAGACAGUACAAACAGAUCUGGAACCAGGCUACACUAAAAGUGAAAAGUAGCCAAACUCAUGUUCCUUACUAGCUACACUUUAUUACUCCUAUUACACGGUUCUGUAGUUAGAGCCUUUUACAUCACCAUUAAAGACAUGGAGCCAGUUCAUAACAGUAACUACUCUAUCUGAAGUAAACAGGAAAGGAGCUUUGAAUCGCCCCACUGUCCUAUAAACACCAUGCUCUAUAAAAUGAGCCAUAAAGUAAGUUGUAGUGUUAUGUUACCUGUGAAACAGUGUUGAUAGAACUUCUGCAGUUACUGCUGUUAGAGUUCAAGGUUUAGAUGGGGGGCCGGCUGGGAGCAGUUGGUAUGACAGGCUAUGACAGGUUAUGACGUAUGUUAUAUCAUGCUUAUGGCAUGUUUACAAGACAGGUUUCUGGAGAAGGGUUCAAGCAGAGCGUUAACGAGAGUUUUCAAGGACAUCUGUCCGAUUUCCCCCCGGGUCAAAGUAGGUCACAGCUCUCUCUACCCCCCCCA